CUUCGUUCUCUAGUAAAACUACUAAUUUCUUGAAGUAACUAUUACGUUUGAUUUUUUUAUAAUGGACUAUAAAUUUUUCAUUGGAUUGUUGGUCCUACCAAUCAUAUCAACUAGCGUUUCUGAAGGAAAAAGGCAUGGAGGUCAUGGCCAUUCUGGUGGUCAUAUUCAUGGUGCUGGACACGGCCAUUUCGGUGGUCACGGUCAUUCUGGCUCAUCACAUUCAGGAUCACCCGACUCAGGAUCAUCUCCAUUAUCAGAUUACGCAGGAUUCUCUAGAUCUUCACAUUCAGUAGGAUCAUCAGAUUCAUUCGGACCUUCAGAUUUAUCUAAAUUUGGAAUCUCUCAAUUUCGAUGUGAUGGAGAUUCUGGGAGUAUAAAUUCUAAUCAUCACAUACACUACGACGAUGAUGAACACUACUACUCAUCAAGUUUAAGUGACAGUUCAACCGAAUCUCUUUUUGACACUUCUAACGAAUACAGAAGAAUACAUGAGCUUAGUGACAAACUGCCCACUGAUAUAGAAGAGUAUGUUAAGAAGUAUGCAACCAAUAAAAAAGCCACCACAACAUAUGAUUAUGUAACGACAACAACAGAAUCUUCUAGGAUGGCGAGCGACUCUCCUAACUCUCUGGUUUUAAUGGCUGAAAAUAUGGCAAAGAUGCUCGAUUCAAUAAAAGCAUUCUCGAAAUCCCCGGGCUUAGAUAGGGAACUUGAAGAUUUACAAAGGAUUAAUAAUGAAUAUUUAACCGAUAGUAAAUUUGAGUAAAUAAAUUAAAAUAGCUAAAUAUUGGAACGAAUAUUUUUGAAUCCAUCUCAAGUAGGUAGAGAUUAACAGAGU